AUGGCAGCAGGCGUCGCUCUGGCGGACGAGCAGGGCUCCAGCUGCGCCCAAGGGUCGCCCACGAUGAGCAAGCGCGCCGACGAAGGACUCCUGACGCCCCCGCACACCCCCACGGGGCCUCACGACGCCGAGCCCGCGCGCUCUACGGCCACGCCGUCCAGCUACGUGCCGCCCCCGCCCCAUCCGCCCCCGCCGCCGCCUCCGGCCAGGCCCGGCGGCGCGCCGCCCCAGCACAGGACCAUGUCCCGCCCCAAGAAGCAAUUCAUCUGCAAGUUCUGCAACCGGCAGUUCACCAAGUCCUACAACCUGCUUAUCCACGAGAGGACGCACACGGACGAGCGGCCCUACUCCUGCGACAUCUGCGGCAAGGCGUUCCGGCGGCAGGACCACCUGCGGGACCACAGGUACAUCCACUGCAAAGAGAAGCCAUUCAAGUGCGGCGAGUGCGGCAAGGGCUUCUGCCAGUCGCGCACGCUCGCCGUGCACAAGAUCCUGCACAUGGAGGAGUCCCCGCACAAGUGCCCCGUGUGCAGCCGCUCCUUCAACCAGCGCUCCAACCUCAAGACGCACCUGCUCACGCACACCGACUUCCGACCGUACGAGUGCGUGGCCUGCACCAAGCUGUUCCGGCGCAACUGCGACCUGCGGCGGCACGAGGUGACGUCCCACUGCGGCGCCGCCUGCCCCGCCUUCCAGCCGCCCCUGCUGGACCUCAGCAUGCCGCCCCAGCCGCCCCCGCCGCCCCCGGUACCGCCGCUGCAGCGCCCCUCCCGCCGCUUCACGGGCUUCACCAUCGCCGACAUCAUGAAGUGA